AUGGCCCAGGAAGUUAAUGUCACACCUCUUCCCAUGUUCAUUGAUUCCAUGUCUAGGUUAAGAUAUCUUGAUCUUUCCACAAAUUUCUUUAAUGGAUCCAUUCCCGUGUUCAUUGGUUCCAUGACUCGGUCAAGGUAUCUUGACCUUUCAUACAAUUCUUUUUCUGGAUCCAUUCCUCCAGAACUUGGAAGCCUCAAGAACUUGCACUUUUUAUCACUUAAUACCAUUAGCAAUUGUACAAUUGAAAACAUAGACUGGUUGUUUCAUCAUUCUCAUUUGCACCACCUUGAAUUGGAUGGUAUUUCUCUAGCCAAAGCAAACCAUUGGGUAAAUCUCCCUGAUUUCCUUAAUAACUUGUCUGGAUGCACAUCGGUUACAUUACAAGAGUUGGAUGCUUCAAGUAGCAAAUUCACAGGGUCGUUGUCAGAUAAUAUCAAAAAGUUUUCGUCCCUUGAAUAUUUGUCCAUUUCUCAUAACCAGUUAAAUGGCAGUAUACGUGAAAAGGUGAGGCAACUACCAAAGCUUGAAACUCUUGAUGUUUCUUCCAAUUCUCUUAGCGGUGCCAUCUCUAAAAGCAUUGGAACAUCAAAUAUUGUAAAAGUAAACCUUUCAAACAACUCACUCAAAGGAGUUCCUUCUGAAGCUUACAUGUCAAACCUUUCUAGUGUAGAACAAAUUGACUUGAGCUCUUGCAUGUUAGGGCCUAGUUUCCCUAAAUGGAUUCAAAAACUGAAAAGUCUUAAUUAUCUUGAUAUUGCCAAUACCAACAUUUCUGACACAAUUCCUGUGGAGUUUUGGACCUUGUGGCCUUCUCAAUUGACACAUUUGAAUCUCUCUUCCAACAACAUUACUGGGGAAGUAACAUAUCUAUCAUCAAAUUUCAACCCUAAUGUUAUAUCAAGAAUAGAUUUAAGUUCCAACAACUUUUAUGGUUCUAUACCAUAUGUCCCAUCCACUUUAGAAUGGUUAGACCUUUCCAGAAACAAAUUGAGUGGAGGAAUUUUCUUUUUGUGUGAAGUUGUUGAUGGACAACUAUCCUUUCUUGAUCUCUCGGACAAUUCACUGACCGGACAAAUUCCAGAUUGUUUGUGGAAUUUCUGUUGGAAUUUGGUGAAUGGAUAUUAA